AUGGGGUACACGGGGUGGAUGCGGUCCCAGUCCCCCUCGGGUCCGAGGGGCGUGCAUAAGCCUUCGUGCACGUCCUCUCGGACCCAGAGCGUCCUAGCAGAGCUCGUAGUCUGCGAACGGGGUAAUUCUUGCCGCCGGUGCCGGCUGCUUGGUAAACAAGCGCCGGUGAACGGCGGCAGAAUUAAGUAUGACUCUCUCAAGCUAUGGAAAUACAUUUAUAACAGUGUUUGUUUCUGUUUUCAGGCACUUUUACCAAUCCUGAAGAUUGCAGCCACACAGGCAGAAGGUAGUGGGCUGUCUGUAAAGCGAGCAGCCAUCAUCAACAUCUCCUCAGUGCUCGGCUCCAUAGAGAAGAAUGACAAAGGGGGUAUCUAUCCUUAUAGAGCCAGCAAGGCUGCAUUGAAUGCCAUCACCAAAUCGUUAAGCACUGAUCUCAGGAACUCAAACAUCUUGGUGAGCAGCAUAUGUCCUGGAUGGGCACAAACAGAUAUGGGUGGCAAGAAUGCUUCUCUUACCCAGAGCAUAUCUAAUGUUCUGCAUCUUCUUAACACCAUGAAUGACACCCACCAUGGGCAAUUUCAUCAACAUGAUGGUGUCAAACUGCCUUGGUGAUAAUAUCACCAUUACCAUCAUCAUUAUUAAUUUUGUUUUUUUGGCAAGUUUCAGUUAAAUAGCAAGUGUUAAUUGCCAUUAACUAGAAUGUAUUACUUGUAUAAAGAACGGUGUAUUGCAUAUCAUCUUAACACAUCUUAAUUUUAACAAUGCAAAUAACAUCAGAAUGUCAAUUCUAGAAGUGCCAACCAACCAAUGUAUUGUGUACACCAUUGGUUGACAGUCAUUUAAAGCAUGAUGUCUAUUAAAAUACAUGAACUUAAGAAGAAUCAUUAUUACCUUACCAAGCAACUAGACUAAGUGAAUUUCAGCCAUGUUUUAAAAUAUUUUAAUCAUGUAAUCCAGGGAAACAAUUAGCAGUAAUGAAAACAGAAGUCACUUUUAGUGUAGCAACGGUAUCUCAUAAUACUGAAAUAAAUAUAUAUAAUAGAAAUUGUAACAUUUAAUUUAGUAACAUCCAUACACACAAAAUAUACUGUUAGAUUCAGGAGAUAAAUUAGGUCAGAUAAGUGAGUAAGAGAAAAGCAUACUUUAUUCAAAUUGAAUGACCUCUUAAUCCCAUAGAAUGAGAACUGCCAAUUUACAUUUUCUUCAGUCAGUUUCUAGCAUAUAAGAAAACAAGGCAUGUUUGAUAAAAUUAAAGGUAUUCAUCAGUGCAAUACUAGUUGGCCAUCAAAACUUAGUAUCUUUGGCUCUAAGAGCCAAAGAUACUUGUGAGCCAUGAUUAUCACUAAAGCGUGCUGCCUAAUUUUCCUUGAUAGGUAUGUAUUCUUAAGUUUGAGCCUUUUAGUAGACCCACACUACACUAACUACAGGGAUGUCAAAAUCCAAAAUGUACCUUUAGUGCAUCACUAAGUAAAAAAAAAAAAGGAAAAAAAAAAAGUUUGAGGCUCUGUU